GGUAUGGAGCAUACUCCACUACGCUGCUCCACUGCAGGUUGGAGGUGUUUUUACGGCAAAUAGUCGGGACCAACGGCUUAACGUGCCCUCUGAAGCAUGGAAUCACCUUACUUUUUCGGACAAUCAGGUGAUUCAAGCCUGAAAAGUUUUUACCAAACAAAGGACAGUCUCACAAAGUGAUUUCGACCAUGUCCCCAUCGGGAAUCGAACCCGGACCUCCGGAUCGUGAGCCUAACGCUCUAACCACUAGACCACGGAGGCUGUUGCAUGCUGAUACCAAUACUCCUGCUGGUGGCAGGCCUGGUCUCCGGGUCUCCGGUCCUCGACCUGAUCACCCCGAGACACGGAGAGACCUGCGGCUAUGAGAGCUGCACACAAGCUGAGGACGGCGUUUUAAAUGUCCACAUUGUGCCGCACACGCAUGACGACGUCGGCUGGUUGAAGACCGUCGACCAAUAUUACUAUGGCAGUGCCAAUAGCAUCCAAGUGGCUGGUGUCCAGUAUAUUUUGGAUACUGUUGUUAAGGAACUGUGGGCAAACCCUAAACGAAGAUUCAUAUACGUGGAGACUUUCUUCUUCUGGAAAUGGUGGGUGCGUCAGUCCGACGACGUACGACAUAAGGUUCACGUGUUAGUGCGUCAGGGGCGGCUCCAGUUCGUUGGUGGCGCGUGGAGUAUGAAUGACGAAGCUGCAGCCCACUACCACUCCACUGUCGACCAGUUCACAUGGGGCUUGAGCAAACUGAACCAGACAUUUGGGCCGUGCGGUAUGCCCCGUGUGGGGUGGCAGAUCGACCCAUUUGGCCACGCGAGGGAGUUCGCCUCUCUUUUAGCUGGCAUGGGGUAUGAUGGGCUGUUCCUUGGCCGUAUCGACUACCAGGACAAAAUGCAUAGGAAGAGGGAGAAACAUAUGGAGAUGCUGUGGCGAGGAGACGAUGACCUUGGUAAAUCGUCAGAUUUGUUCACUGGCGUUCUCUAUAACACGUACUCCCCACCGCCGGGCUUCUGCUUCGACAUACUCUGUCGUGACGAGCCCAUCGUCGACGACCCGGACUCACCCAUGUUCAAUGUCGACGAGAGGGUGACGAGUUUUCUGGCGUACGUAAAAGAACAGGCGCGUAAUUACCGCAGCAACAGUAUAGUACUUACUAUGGGGGGGGACUUCACCUACCAGGACGCCGGCAUGUAUUUCAAGAAUCUCGAUAUGCUCAUUGAAUAUGUUAACUUAAAAGCAGCCAAAGAUGGGCUUAAUGUUAAAUUGUUCUAUUCUACGCCCGAUUGUUAUCUUAAAGCUGUCAAUGAUGCCAACCCGAUCCUACCUGUGAAGCAAGACGACUUCUUCCCGUACGCCAGCGACUCAAACGCGUACUGGACAGGCUACUUCACCUCCAGACCAACCACUAAAUAUUUCGAGAGAGAGGGCAAUAGUUAUCUUCAGAUGGUGAAACAACUUCAAGUGCUGGCGGGCUUGGAAGAUCACAACAUGUUCGUUUUGAACGAAUUAAAAGGAGCCAUGGGUAUAAUGCAGCAUCACGACGCCAUUACCGGCACGGAGAAGCAACACGUAACCCACGAUUACGUCAGGCUGUUGGACGCGGCCAUAGAGGACGCUAUCACCAUAGCUAGACAGGCUUUCAACAAGAUGAUCCAGGGUGACGCCCUCAAGCCGCCCAUCCUCAGCUACGACCGCUGUCGGUUGAACGAGUCCAGCUGCCACACAUCAGAACAGAGCCAACAGUUUGUUGUAACAGUGUACAACCAUUUGGCGUGGCAAGUGAAUGAACCCAUCAGAAUCCCUGUUUUGGAUGGAAAUUAUGCUGUUUAUGCGCCCAAUGGCGAUCUAAUAGUAUCCCAGCUAGUUGACAUACCGGAAGCAGUGAAACGGCUGCCUUCAAGAAAAUCUUCGGCUACCCACGAAAUAGUUUUCAUAGCUCACCUCCACCCACUCUCAUACAAAAACUUCUACGUCACCAAAAAACACAAAAUAACAAAAAGAAACAUCGAUUUAUCUGAAAAUAAAAAACGUAAGAACGAAUUUUACAACGACAUUAAUGACUAUUGGAAGAAAAUGAACGAAAAAUCUUUUAUUGACCUCAAAGCUAUCGAAGACAAUAUUGGGAGCUUCAAUAAUGUUUACAAAGAUGACGUGAAGGUACCUGAAGAGCCGAUUUUUAUUAAAAAUGGCGGCGAUAGUGGAAGGGAUUUCAAGGAUUUUAAUAUUGAUGUUAUGAAAGAUAGCAAGAGUAGUUAUAACCCUGAUACAGAGCAGUUGGAGGAAAUUAUCAAAGAAGCAAGAAGACUUAUAGAAGACGCCAAACAUACGUCAGCUCGCGGCCGAGCUGCCGUGUUUCCCAAGCUGAAUGAUGACGAGAUGAGGAUGUUGGCUGAUGACCCUGGAGUCGUCGACCACUUCCCGGAGACUCUCUUUGUGCAGAAUAAGCAUAUGAAGCUCGAGGUGAACGGUACGUCGGGCCAAAUAAUCCUUAUUUCUCAACCGGACGGCACCGAUAUAAAAUACAACAUCAAAUUCUAUUACUACCCAGCCUGCGUUGGCGACAACUGGAUCGCUGAAAGGCGGUCUUCUGGAGCUUAUAUCUUCAGACCCAACGGCACCAACCCUACUGAGGUCCCGACCUCGUACGUGAAAGGUGCUUCAGGACCUGUGGUUGACGAACUAAGGUCCGAUAAUAACGAUUCAGUAGCCAACACCGUUAGGGUCUAUAAAGACUUAAACUUCAUUGAAAACGAUUGGGUUGUGGGCCCUAUCGACAUUAGCGAUGAUGUAGGCAAAGAAUUCAUUGUUAGGUAUAUAACUGAUAUUGUGAACAACGGGGAAUUUUAUACAGACUCCAAUGGAAGACAGAUGUUGAAGAGGAAGUUGUUUCAGAGACCGCAAUGGAAUGUCUCCUUAGCCGAGCCUGUAUCCGGGAAUUACUAUCCUGUUGUCAAUAAAAUUACUAUCGAAGAUGAUAAAGCGAAAAUUGCAGUUCUUACAGACAGGUCAGAAGGUGGGUCGGCCUUAACGGAAGGCCAAGUGGAACUCAUGCUUCACAGAAGACUGUUGCACGACGAUGCUUUUGGCGUAGGAGAGGCGUUGAAUGAAACGGAAUAUGGCAAAGGCAUGGUUGUUAGAGGGAGACACAGAAUCUUCUUAUCGAAGCCCGACAGCAAAUCAAGUCACAUAGAAGAGAAGAAGUUGGUGCUACAGUUCGAUUUACAGCCUCAAGUUUUCAUAUCUGACGCUAAAGAUUUGUCGCUAAACGAUUGGAAGAAACUUAAAAAUUCUUUUGCUUGGGCGAAUGGGCUGCAAGAAGGCUUGCACUUACUGACUCUGGAGCCUUGGUUUGGCAGCACUCUGCUGCUGCGUUUGGAAAACUAUUUGGAAAUCGCCGACAGAGAGGACACGUCGAUAAAAAUAGACCUACAGUCAAUCUUUAAGUGUAUAAAAGUGAAAUCUUACAGAGAAACAACAUUAGCGGCUAAUCAUUGGAUAUCUGAUGUCAAAAAGUGGAAUUGGAGGACCAAAGAUGGCUUCGCCAAAAGCUUUAAUGAAGCGUAUGGGAACGCCAAUGUAACGAAAUCUAGGAACGAAAUUUAUGGCAAUCAGGACGAUGGGAGUAAAAUCACUAUUAGAGCGAAGCAGAUUAGGACUUUUAUUGUCGAUUACGAACUUAUGUAACCAAGGCUUAUUAACCUAUCCGACAGGCUAGACGUGUCAAGGUCAAGGUGGUUACCAUGGUAACUCCCCCACCCAGGCACAACACAUCUUCCAACCAUUAUUAUUCUGUUCGAAAUAAAAAAAAUAUAAAUAUAGAUAACUAGAUUAUAAUAUUAUAUUUUAUUUCUAAAGCUAACGUAUCGACUCCAAAAUGACACAAUACACUACUACUAAACACGGAAAUACAUAAAUAGUUAACAAAAAUAAUGCUAUUUACUGCACUCGUCAAAAAGCCCGCCCCUGACUAAUCCGGGCGCGAAGGUGCCCAUUACACUAGCCGCAUUCCCUCGCUGUACAGCAAUGGACAACCUUUGCGCCAAGAACAAUCCGGCACGGGGGUCAUCUCCACUCUCUCUUAAACGACGUCCGAUUUCCGCUAUAAAUUUUUUAGCAUCGCUACCCCAACAACCCGUCGUCUCAACAGCAAGCGGGAUAAAAAUGUAGCGACCUUCUAACUCCCUAUAUUUUUCCCGCUUCCUACGAGCAGCGAGCUGCGACGCUGCAAAAGUGUUAACACACGUCGCAUCCCACAGGAGACAUCUGCCCCUCUCCCACGGCACCAGGGUCAUAAUAGAUAGUUCUUUACAAUAACAAAAAUAUAAUAAAUAAAUAAAAUAAAAUACAUUUAUUUCAAUCAACAUAAGGCUCAUACAAUACUUUUGACACAAUACAAUAAAAUAAAAACAAAAUGAAAUGAAAUGACAAUUAAAUUAAAUACAAUGAAAAUAAACUGAAAUAAAAUUGAAUUAAAAUGAAAUAAAAUAAUAUAAACUCACGACUAUGGACCCACUUCACCGAGCUUUCUGCUAGACCAACAACCUCGCCGCUUAUCGUUUAUUGGUCCAAGCGCGGCGCGGCGCGGCGCGGUUGUCAUACAGACCCGGCUGCCAUUACAUUAUAUUUUUGAAUAUUAUGUACCCGAGUAAUGAGAAAAUAGGUACCUACUUAAAACCCUUUCACGGACAGAGAUCAUGGGUCAUUGAUGGUUAAUAGGUAAUAUAUUAUGACACCUUGGGAUCGGAACGUCAUUAGACGUUCUGUCCUUGAAAGUGUUAAUAAGUACGUAGUUUUGUUGGACGACGCUAUCUUUUUUUUUUAGGGAACGUGGGCUGAAAAAUCCCUCAUUACUAUGUACAUGGUCUGUGUGAUUAUUACCUACAUAUUUUUAAUAUUAUUGUACAUCUAAUUACUGUAGCCUAGACACAUUAGGACCUGAUUCCUGCAGACAUAACCUAAUUUUAUUUUAAGUUAUACCUGUCAUUUACUUAUCAGCGCAAAAGAAAGGGACGGGUAAUCGACAGGCAUAAAUUUAUGGAACGCGUUAAUUCUGGUAGAAAUUGAAACAAUUUUACAUUGGCCAAUUAUCCGAUAGAAUUAGGUUGACAUUACACAUCAAAAGCGUUCAAUAUCAGCGAGACGCCUAUGCGAUUCAUCCGAAUUAUUCACUCCUUCGCUCAUUUUAAAAUUAACAGCUGUCAAUCAUCCGUCACUUUUCUUUCUGCGAAAAUGUCACCAUCCGUCACUUUUCUUUUCUGCGAAAAAGAAAAUGACAGGUGUAACUUAAAAUAAAAUUAAGUAGAUGGUGUGUACUGGAAUCAGCACCUCGAUGCUUAUUGCCUAAAUGUUAUGUAAUAAUUAUUUAAAUUGUAAAUCAUUUUACCAAAUACAUACUUAAAUAAUAUUGUUGUUUGAAAAGUUGUAUGUACCUAAUCAUACGAUAGUUUUUAAGACCAAUAAAAAAUGCGAAAUUUA